AUGGAGGACGCUGUUGGGCACGAUGAAACGGAUCAUGCGUCGGCCGAAGAGGAGCUCCAUUCUCAGCCCCAGUCCAUGACAUCAGUUGACGCGAUAGCAUCAACAUUAGAAGAACCCCCGAGUAGCAGUAGUAUCCAUCCAGCGAUGCAAGUCGAUUUCGACAUGAACAUGCGAAACAAUCCGCUAUCUUCCUUCCUGAUGGGGUUGCUGCAGGAGAACACGUCUCUGGAUCAGCUGGAUGUCACCAUUAUCACUGACAAUGCUGCGAUACUACCAGACAAGUACACAGAGAGUCGACACCUGCUGGAAGCCCGCAACUCCAGCUCGCUGUCGUCCAUAUCAGAGCUUUCUCGCUGGGAGUCUCACGUAGUCCGGACGCCACCACCACAGCCGGAACGCACCGACGAGAAGGCUGCCUGGCAUGCCUCACCGACAAGACCGCAACGACGUACUAGUUUCGAAGUGGAUCGGUCUCAUAAUAAACUGCUAGACGAAGCGGACAGCAACAGUUGUCGACGAGCCUUGUCGCAGUCCUUGAAUCAACUAGAAACUCUCGCGCCGGAAGACGUUCAAGAAGUCUCCAUGAAGAAGAAACUUCCACCGAGGGUUCCCAUAAGACGAACCAGUGGAAGGGUUCAUUCCCCGCCACCCGAGGGACCAGGGCGCACGGCGGAGUUAGAAAUGAAAAACGCGAGAAGACGAUCUUUCACCGUGGAAGAGCAAGCGGACGACAUUGAUGACAGCAACGGCAGUUUCCAACUAGAAUUCAGUGAAAGCGAACACAAUGACGACAGUGAACACAUUGACAUUGACAGAAGAGAACGUGGAGCUGCCUCGGUGGAUCACCCUUCCGUGCAGAGUGUGGUGAGAGAUAUACAGUCUCUGGGCGUCAAUAGAGAUCAAGCCCCCACCCAUCUGAAACGAAGGGUCUCUUCCGAUUUUUCCCAUGUUAGGGACUCCGCCACCAUCACAUCGUCGCAAUCCGACAGCAAAUGCACUCGAGGACGAAAUCGUGGGAGACACCGACGGACGUCGUCCAUGAAUGAUGAUGGGUUGCCCAUUCUGGAGAGCUUCCCGAAUCAUCCACCUCAUCUUCGAGUCCUUCCUCGACAGACAGGGACACUUCGAUUGCUGCUGGAAGCCAACAGCAACAAUCUUGAUAAUGAAGAACGAAAGCAAACCAACACGGCACCAACCACAGAAGCGGGCGGUGAACUGGACAUGCUCACCAAGGUCGCGUCCUCCAAAAUGUUGCCGUCGCGUCGAUCCUUCGAUGUGGGCGAGAGGAAACCACAACAGGCAGACGAUGCAUUUGAGUCUCCAGAAGAAAAGUCAGCCGGGAGGAAAGGCUUGCUAAAACGGGUGAAACACAAGGUGGCAAAGACGGUGCAAAGGAAGACUGCCAACAGUAAAGAGCCGGCCUCAGAGUCUCCGGCCAGCAGCUAG